AUGUCUCGAAGUUUACGGCCCAGAAACAGCCUAGGAAAAGCCAUCACUGCAGGAUACUUAAGAGAAGACUCGUCAUUAGAAACAUCGCUAGCAUCAUCCCCACUAGACACGCCAGAGCGCUCUCGCAGCUCAUCUCUCAGCAGCCUCGAAGAUCGAAGUAUUGUCCCCUUCCCUGAAUUUAAAGUCCCUAGCCUAGACUUUGAAGAACCAGACUACCUCGACCCCCCACCUCACCACACAAAGACGAAACCGCUCACAGCCAUUUCCACAGUACCAGACUACGACCUAGCCAAAUUCUUUGCACUUCUACAACCCAAAGUCACCAUGCCUGCAGAAACCCCCCAGAUCUUUCACGGUGAUGGACACGCAUCAGAAAAUCCAGCCGACUUUCUGAAAUCUUUCAGCCGUGCAAUGCGCCAGCAGACCAUAACAACGAGCAGUGACAAACUAAACGCGUUCGGAGACUACCUUGGAACCAGCUCACAAGCGGAAACAUGGUUCAAAGCCCGCCCUACCGCAGACAAGCUCACCUGGACCACAUUCAUAACAGCAUUCGAGAAACGCUGGCCACUGGUCACGAUCGCAGAAAAGACAAAAGCAGAGUACGAGAGGGAGUUACUAGACCACGUGUUGCUGAGCGCAGACAUAGGAAAGAAGACAACGCUCUACGACAGAGAGUGUUGGACUCAUGUCGCCUGGGCAGCGAAAACACUGCAACUUGCUACCAGCACAGACAUUGAGCAAAGCACAUCAAUGAUUUGGCAAGUACGCAGCAAGCUACCAGAUAUCAUAAAAGACCUACUCAAGGACGAAGAGUACAAGAAUUGGGCAGAGUUCGCAAAAGCGGUCACAGAGCUGAAAGGAAGCAGAUUAGUAGAAAAGCAGGAACAACACAACCGGCAGAUGCAGGAACUCAACGCCCUCAAAACGGACCUAGCCCACAUCCGACAACAAACACCAGCACCCAACCCAGUCGACACUCUCCAAAAUCAACUCAGCAGAAUGUCAGUCAACGCGCCAAACCCCCUAACAGUACCCUCGAAUAGCAGCAGAUACACGAGAACACCUGCGAACCAGAACUGCCAGAACACACAGCCCACUUAUAGCCGCCAACCAGCCACCGCAGCAGCCCCACAACAACCAGUCACAGUAACGGACAAGCUAAAAGCAAACAUCAGGCUCCUCAUCACGUCUUUCCCCCACCAUCCAGAUACCACAGCAGGUCACGCAGCGCAUGCAACUCAAGUCGCGCAAUGGAACGCAAAAUGGGGAGAGAGCUCACGAGUCACACACGAGAUGGGCUACCCGCUCAAACCAGGAACAGCAACCAUAUGUUCAGGGGAAUGCUUCUCAUGCGGGACACAUGGACACAACAGCCGCAACUGUGUACUCCCCCCAGGAGACACAGCACAUCUAGAGAGGAAAGAAGCCGCUUGGAGAGCAGUCUCGAGUAGAGUCCUAGGCACUUUCAACCGCUUUACAGCUACACCAAUCUCACUAGUAUACGCAUACGAGGAUGGGCAGUUCGGAGAAGGAGAACAAAGCGAGGGAAAAGGGGAUGGGUCGGUGUAG